AUGUUAUCACAUGAUACACUUCAUUCAAAACGAGUUAUUAAAAUACAAGAUUUAAUAAAACAUUAUGAUUCAUUAUUAGCAAGUGGACAUGAAUCUGAAACACAUGGUAGGAAGCAAAAAAAAACAUUUUCGAGGGUGUGAAUUUGUAGAUGUAAUUUUUCUCCUCGAUUGAACCCACACCCACACUUCAA